AUUUAUUUGUUUCGCAAAUCGCAUCACUAGAUCCAUAGUCCAUAGAUCAUCCAUAGAUUAAAUCUAUCUCUUUUUGUCCCGCAGCGCGCACGUAUUUGUGCGAUUUGCGUUUUGUCUUGUCCUUAAAUUUUUCGAAGUCCCUACACACAACAAGAUGGGUAGGGAGGACAAGGCUACUUGGAAAACCAACUACUUCACCAAGAUCAUCACAUUAUUGGACGAUUACCCAAAAUGCUUCAUCGUUGGUGCGGACAACGUGGGCUCUAUGCAGAUGCAGCAGAUCCGCAUUGCACUUCGCGGCUCCAGUAUCAUCCUCAUGGGCAAGAACACCAUGAUGCGCAAAGCCAUCAAGGACCACCUGGAGACCAACCCUGCCCUUGAAAAGCUGUUACCUCACAUCAAGGGAAAUGUUGGCUUUGUGUUCACCCGUGGAGAUUUGGUUGAGGUCCGUGACAAACUCCUGGAGAACAAGGUCCGUGCACCCGCUAGGCCUGGAGCAAUUGCCCCACUGGCUGUGGUCAUUCCAGCGCACAACACUGGUCUAGGACCUGAAAAGACCGCCUUCUUCCAGGCCCUCUCUAUUCCAACCAAGAUUUCCAAGGGUACUAUUGAAAUCAUCAACGAUGUGCAUAUCCUGAAGCCCGGAGACAAGGUCGGCGCCUCGGAAGCUACUCUUCUCAACAUGUUGAACAUCUCUCCCUUCUCGUACGGUCUCGUUGUCAAACAGGUCUAUGACUCUGGUACCAUCUUCGCCCCAGCUAUUCUGGACAUCAAGCCAGAAGACCUCCGCGCCAAGUUCCAAGAGGGAGUGGCCAAUGUGGCCGCGCUCUCGCUGGCCAUCGGUUACCCGACCGUGGCGUCCGUGCCGCACUCCAUCGCCAACGGAUUCAAGAACCUGCUGGCCAUUGCUGCUGCCACCGACGUCGAGUUCAAGGAGGCCACCACCAUCAAGGAGUUCAUCAAGGACCCGAGCAAGUUCGCAGCCGUGGUGGCCGCGCCGGCCGCCGCCGCCGCGCCCGCCGCCGCCGCCAAGGAGGAGGAGAAGAAGCCCGAGAAGGAGGAGGAAGAGAGCGACGACGACAUGGGCUUCGGACUGUUCGACUAAGCCCACCCUCCCAACCUUGCCUGCCCAAACUAUACGACGUCUUUUUUACUAUGCUUCAUAUUGAAGAGAAGUUUUUUUUAAUGCAUUGUUUUAACUGUCAUGUAGAAAGUAGAAUUUUUGUCCUUUAUCUAAGAACAAACCAUACUUUUGAAAUGACAGUUGACACAGCGAAUCCUUAAAAUGUAUGUAUUAAAUUGAGAUUGUAACUCAAGGCAAAGCAAAAUAGCCAUUGAAAAUACGGUGUUGUGUGCCUUUCUGCAAAAAUUUCUUUAGACAAAUCCACAUUAUAGAGGGAGGGGAAGGCGAUUAGGGGAUGGAAAAUAUCAUGUUUUAAUCUUUCUAAAUCCUCAGACGACCUACAGUCCUAUGUGCUCAUAUGGUUUAUCACAUUCACAGUAAAAGAGAGGUAUAAAAGACGGAGUAUAGUUGGAAGGCAGUCCUGUCAUACGUGGAUUUUCGCAAACGCUUUUGUACAGUUGCACCGCCGGGUCUGGACGCCCAUGUGGCGGUCACUUGUAUGGUGAAAGUGAAUAAAUCUACUUGAAAAAUA